UCUGGCCGGUUGUGUAGAAUUUUACACAUACCGAGAUCCACGCGCUGCUUUAAUAGCAGUGGCGUUUAGAACGUUAUGACCGGUUGUCGCGUAUUGUACACAUACCUAGGAUGACGAUAAAAUCGUUGAACCAAUGACGUUCUUACUUUGGAUUCUUGGCUCGAGCUUUGUUUACAGGGAUUUUGUGAGAAGGUCUACGGUGUUACUACGAGACGGAAGACCUGACUAUUCCGAGUUAUACAGAUGAAGCCUGUUCAGUUCUACAAGAAGACUGCUACAACAGCUCGUUUUGUUCGUAACAUUCCUGCAGAAAGUGAUGAUGAUGAGCUCUCGUCGAGUGACAAUGAAGUUGCUGAAGUAUCAUCUGGUGACGAUACAGAAGAAUACGAAGUAUCUGACCAGCAAGACAGCAGCGAUGAUGAGCAGCCUUCCACUUCUGCUGCUGUUGGAAGAUCUACUGUUUGGAAAUGUGUUACUGGCCAAUCAUCUGCAAAGUCAAUGCCAGAGUCUGCUGAUCAACGUGCUUCUGCUGAUACCAUAAAGUCGCCAGUAUAG